GUUCAAAAAUCAUUUUUUUUUUGGGUCGCAUUUCGCCAUUUCGUGCCAUGGCCUGAGGUCUGAGCGACACAGCCAACGCCAAAUGGAACUUCGUUUGUGGUCCUUCUUGAAUCAUAAGCAAACCCCAGAAAGCGUCGUCCGCCAUUUAAUACCCCCAAAUCCCUGUAAUAGAGGAAUUACCUAAUUAUCGAGCUUUGAUCUUUACUGUGUUGUGAUUACUGGAAUCAGAGGAAGCAAGAGAUGUCAGGCCUAGAGUGUUGCUCAAACCCUCCAACCCUCAACCCCAGUGCUGGAGUUGGCCGUGUUGAAAAUGUUGGUGGCAUAGACACAUAUGUCACUGGCUCCGCCGACUCCAAGCUUGCCGUUCUUCUGAUCUCCGAUAUUUUUGGUUAUGAAGCACCAAAUUUGAGGAAGCUUGCGGACAAGAUUGCUGCUGCAGGUUAUUAUGUAGUUGUUCCUGAUUUCUUCCAUGGUGAUCCUUAUGCUCCUGAGAAAGCUGACAGGCCAGUAUCUGUUUGGAAAAAAGAUCAUCCACAGGACAAAGGAAUUGAGGUUGCUAAACCAGUAAUUGAUGUCUUAAAAGGUAAAGGAGUUUCAGCAAUUGGGGCUGCUGGUUUUUGCUGGGGUGCCAAGGUUGUAACUGAAGUUGCAAGACAUGGACUUAUUAAUGCUGCUGUGCUAUUACACCCAUCUUUUGUCACUGUGGAUGACAUCCAGAGUGUUGAAAUUCCAAUUGCUAUACUUGGAGCUGAGACUGACCAUAUUUCUCCUCCAGAACUUGUUAAACAGUUCGAACAAAUCCUAUCUGCUAAGCCUGGCGUUCAAAGUUUCGUGAAAAUAUUUCCUCAAGUUGCACAUGGUUGGACUGUGAGGUAUAACACUGAAGAUGCUAAAGCCGUGUCAGCAGCAGAAGAGGCACAUCAGGACUUGUUGACCUGGUUUGCCAAGCACCUUAAAUGAGAAAUCUUGUUCUGCAGAAAUCUUCAAUGAGGAUUAUGUCGAAUCUUAGAGUACAAGAUUAUCAGUAUUCAUUCUACGUGCAUGUAACUGCAUAGUAUGUGUGGGUGUAUUUUGAUGUCGCUGCAGAUUUGUUCUAGCACACGACAGAAACGUGUGCAUUGUGUCAAGGCAUAGUAUGUAGUGUGUACAUUGCAUUGUAUUAAAGACUUGGAGAUAUAAAUUUUAAAAUUUUUAUGUACUCUA